UUGAAUUAGUUUAGGCACGAUUUCACUUCUUCUUGGAUGAUGUUUUGUCUGGUCUCAAAUUGACUCUCUCCCCUCCCCUGCGUCCUGUGUUGUUACUCCUCACGUCCGUGUUGCCCUUCACUGGCACGUGAAGUGGAAGCCUCACCAUCGCCUUUCUUGUGCUCGGCCUUCGUGCUCAAUCACCGCUAGGUUUUACCACACCAGUGGUUCCUUCCUCUCGAUCAUGUUAAAACCCGUCCAGUUUCUCGACACCCGGCGGUGCGACAGUUCUGAAACUAUGGCAGAAUCGUGUUCUGCGUUCCGCCAGCCUCAAUCGCCUUUAACUACCACCUCUUCCACGCCCGUUUCACCCGCGGUGUCGCUAUUCUCGGCCAAAGGCCACACGCGUUUCUCCAGCUCCGUUUCGUCGUUAGUCUCAUCCCCGGGACAUGGGACCUCUAUGGAGAGUAAUUCGCGCAACCCCUUGACAGGAGUAAAAGAAGAGCCCUGUGGGGCACCAGCCCGAGAUCUCGAGGAGGAAUACUUCCAGCACUUUGAUCAAGGACUGUCCGUGGUGGAGGACUCCUGCUUCGACUCCUUUGAUCCGGCUGAUAGCUACGAUCUGACAGAUUCUGGCAUGGACUUUAACCAUUCCCCCAAAAAUCGAUGCUCUGACAACGUUUCAGCCAAGGGACUCUCCCGCAUUGGAUCUCGAAUAUCCACCAUCUCCACGAGGUGGAAAUCGAAACGGGCCUCAGAUGGGAUUGAUGGGGCAGAUGCAUUCCCAACUUACCUGCGUUCCCGGACCAACUCAGCAUCGUCAGCCAUCGUCAGCCCCGUGACAGGCUCGUUUAGCCGCGUCAGCUCCAUCCAAGUACCACCAUCACCGGCCCGGACAAUCUUCGAGGAGGAAAUCAGCGAUUCGGGCACGCAGCCGAUUGACAUUGUCCGGACGAGCAGAUAUAGUCAGGACGAAUCGGGCCCGCAGGCAACAACCCCAUUGCUUCCGCCUUUCAUGGGGGAUGAGCCAUCCUACCCUGUCGCUUCUCGCGUUCACUCCCCGUUGCAAUCACCUUCUGUGGCUGACAUGACUGACGAUACCUUGUACAACUCCACUGUGUCAGACAGGCGAUUGGCCGGCCUGCCGUCACCGCCUUUGUCCUCUAAGCCCUCGGUUGCCUCUUUCAGUCGUCCGCGUGCCAGCACGGUGCGGACAGUGUCGGGGGAUGCGCCUCCGUUCACCCUCUCAGAUCCCAAUGACGAAUGGGCGAACAAAUUGGGACACGCCAACUUCACUAUCCAACCCGAGCCUUAUAUGCCCGAAGUCAGUGACAUUCAUUCGCUCCAACAACUGCGUACCAACUGGGACCUUGCGCAAUGCAAUUUCGCUCGUCAUCUUGUGCGAACAGGGGAACAUUAUGGUAUCACCUCGACGAUCUACAAGUUGACUGAGGAAAAAUGGGAGGCGAUCAACCGCGAGUGGAGGAGUCAUCAUGGAGCGAUGCUCUCUCACCUAAGAGUAACAGAAGGUGCGCGAUUAGACUUGGUCCGCUCACAUUGCGACCCGUGCGAUCCGGUCAAAAUCCCGCGCCUGCAUGACGACAAGUUUCCCGAGUUAGGCGAUGGCGAGAUUGUCGGGCCGAUGAAAACUGCACCCGCCGCCAGCGGAUCGGGCCUGUGUCGGAGCCGCUCAAUCAAACGCAACUUCGUCAAAUUUUUCCAGGACCUCGUGAUUCGGUCCUGAUUCUGCACUUAAUGACCCCAUGUUCAACUGUGGGAGGCUCCGAUGUACAACAUCUGACGAUUACCACGCCUCUCGAACGAUUCGAUCGAUUCAGCGCAUGAUGACCAAUGCAUAUGAUUUCUCUGUCUUUCGCCUAUGAACUCUGUGAUUUGAUAAUGAUGAUUGAUGACCUGCUUUUGUACCUGUGACUACUGUCUCGCAGAGUACAGUCCAUUCCUUAAUGU